AUGUCGCAGACGUCAAUUGGAAGUAGCCAAAGCAGCCAGCAGAGUAGCCAAGAUGUUGCCCCGUUCCAGCAGAAAACGAUGGAGACGAACAAGCCACGAACCGUCCUGGGCGUCAGAAACAAUGGCGUCGUCAGCGCGGCCGUGAAAAAAGUUGCCGAAGCAGUUACGACUUCCCAAUCGCAGCCGAAAAAGAUCAGAAAAAAGCGCGCCAGUCCAACUGAUGAUACCUCUAUUCAUUCGCUGGCGAUUGAUUACAAAAAGAAACCGUACCACGAAGACCCCUUUUCGGCGAAGAUCAGCGGAGAGAGAAAACUUCUAGAGCCGACGGCGAUCGACAUCGAUCAAGAUAAAGAUCCAAACGAGUACUCCGAAUAUGCCAUGGCUAGCUUUGAAUACUUUCGAGCUCGAGAACACGCGCAAAUGGUGCAAAACUACAUGUCCGGUCAGCCUGAGCUCUCGGAAAAAAUGCGCCAAAUUCUCGUCGACUGGCAGGUCGAGAUGCAAGAAAGUUUCCAGCUCACGCAUGAGUCGCUCUACCUGUCCGUGCUCUUUAUUGACCUCUAUCUCUCAAAGAAGAGCGUCAAGAGAGAAAACAUGCAGCUGCUUGGCGCGUGCGCGAUCCUCCUCGCUUCCAAAUUCUACGAUCGAAUGCCUCCAUACGUCGACGACUUGGUAUUCGUCUGCGACGAAGCCUACACCCGAGAAGAAAUCCUCAAGUUCGAAGUCGAGCUCAUGACUGUCCUUGAGUUCGACAUCAACUUGCCCGUUUCCUACCUCUGUCUCCGACGAUACGGCAAGGUGGUUGGAUUCAACAUGAAGCAGCUAACCCUCGCUCGAUAUGUUCUGGAACUGACUCUGAUGGAGUACCAGUUUGCCAGAGAGAGUGCAUCCAAGAUGGCUUCUGCAGCGCUCCUCUGGACCCUCCUUCACUUCGGCAAAUCCUGGAACGACUCCCUCGUGUACCACACGAGCUACAAGCGAGAAGAACUCCUCCCUCUGGUCUUCAAGCUGAACGAGAUGGUCGCGAAGGCGCCUAAGAAGAAACUCAAGACCAUUUAUGACAAGUACAGCCACGAGAACUUCUUCAAGGUGACCGAGAGCGUGUCGAAGCUUACCGAUGCAAGAAUCAACGGCACCGAGCAGAUCCAAACGGCGGUUGAUGGAAUGGCGGCAGAGUCGAUGGAGGUCUCGUUUUCCCAGCCAAUGUGA